ACGACCUUGAGUUUCGUUUGGAAUGUUUUUGUAAUUACGAAAUGUCAUUUAUUAUUUAUUUAUAUUGAGAAAGCUAAUCAAUCGAAGCGUUGUAGUAAUACUUUGUAAAUAAUUUGCUUGUCUGUAAAUUUCUGUAACGUUGACAAGAUAUGGGAAAUGAUAACUGUGGCUUCCUCUCUGAUUGGCCCGUAGCGAAGAAAUCGAAGACCGCAGAUGCUGAAGUUAUAAAUGAAUAUGUACACAACUGGAGCUACUUACCCAGUCUUGUUUUAUUUAAAAUCUAUUCCAUGCUCGGCCACAAGGAUAGGAUUAGUGCGUCGAGCGCGUGCCGUUUCUGGCGACAGAAUCUAUACCAUCCAGUCUUUUGGCAGGAGGCUACAUUUGUAACAGAUGGUAACAUAGCACCCAAUUACUACCAAAGUUCCAUUGUUGCAAGAUUAGUUCAAAAUGCAACAGUUAAAUUUAAUUCUCUUUGUCCAGAUUGUGUUGUGAAGUUCAUCGCACUAUUACAGUCGUUAAGUACAAAUGAUAACUUAAAGUCGUUACUGCUACAGCCCACCUACUGUCAUAUUGAACAUAAAAUUUUUAAAGUUUAUUUGGAUAAAACAAGUUUAACAAGACUUAUACAAACAUGCUGUCGCAAGCCAUUACAAAGAUUCAGUAUUGGAGGAUCGGAAGAUUUAUCUCAACAUAUUCCGCAGUUUUUAGAAGUUUUAGGCAGCGCCCAGCCUGAGAAGGUUUUGCUUUUAGGAUUGGCAUCGGUUAAAUAUGAUUCCAAUUAUUACCCGAUUUGUGAUGUUAGAGCCGAGUUAUUUUUACCAUUCAUUAAUCUAGAGAUGCUAAGUAUAGACUAUGAUAUAUUGGAUGAUGAUCUACUAGACAAUUUGGAGAACGCUGUUAAUUUACAACGGUUGAUUGUACACGUUCACGGAGUCUCAGAUGAUCACAAAGGAACAACGGAGGAGGCGUGGAUAAGAUUUAAAUCUCGUCAUGCUGACUGCCAACUUCGUAUAUCAUUUAUUCACGCAUAUGAUGAACCAGCUAUUUACAUGCAAGAUUGUAUUUUAAAACGUAACAUGCCUUUGAGCCACCUUAAAGUAUUUUUUUGUGAACAUAUUAAUUUGGAUGUUUUAAAUGUUUUGUCCAUGUGGUAUCCUGCAACUUUACGGAGUAUUGUGUGGGUCGAUUCUCAUAAUCAAGAUUCUCAGAGUUCAUCUUGGUGUUUAGUAAGGCAUAGUGAUACUAAUGGUGAUGAACCAAAUCCUCUUGUAAUGGCAGCAUGGCGAUGUCCUCAUUUGGAAGAAAUUGUACUUCUAGGGUAUAAAUAUUAUGUAGAAGAUCUUGUUGCAAUUGCCAGACUAAGAGGUGAUAAAUUAAAAGUUCUUGAAGUAGCAGCAGAAGAUGCUCUCUACUCUCACAUGUAUCUCAGUCCAGCUCCCAUAGAUGAAAUCGCCAAAAUAAUCGGUAAACCGUGGACGCCUUUGAAGCUAUCUGAACUUCAUCCUGUGAUUAGAAGCUCAGACGAAGGAGAUUCGGACGAGUAUGUCCUGCCAAAGGUCUUGGCAGACCUUGCAUAAGCUAAGUAGUACGACAUCUUAACCAUCACCUACCCAAAAAGGUACAACUUUUUUUCCAUUACGACAAAUUAGUUACCACUACAUGUAAUUUAUGAUCGCCCUUUAUCAGCGCAGUAUAACUUCUAACAACAGAAACCAUGUUUUUGUUAUUUUAUAUUUUGAAACUUAUUUCAAAUAUCGUUUUAAUAUGUAUUUUUUUUAUCUUAGCUUGUUAAGGUCCGAGUAUUAUUUUAUUUUUAAAAAUUUAGCGAGAUCAAUUUAAUCAAAAAUAAUAUCUAUGAGACGUACACAUUUUUAUAUCUUGAAUAAAUUUUAGAAGAGCAUUGUGAUAUAAAGAAAUAAACAUUGGUGGUUUUUUGAACAUCAGAAAUCUGACAAAAAGCUUUAAAAGACAUCGUGUUUUAAAGUUCUCUUAAUUUCUGACAAAAUUAUAUUACAACCAAAAUUGUUGAGCUUUUUGUUACAUUUGAAUGACCACAAUUUGUUUAUUUUCUACUUAGUAAUAAUUAGAACUGAAAAACAUCUGUGAUAAAACUCGCUUCACCAACGUUUGCCGACAACUACCACGUCGGUAAAAUGACCAAAAGUACCUGUGUGAAUAAUGUUAAUGAACGAUAUGCGAUAUGCAUAGUUGGGAAAAUCGGGUGAUAAAAAUGUUUUAACAAUCAAUAACAAACAUUAGCGAGUUAUAAAAAUGCUUUACAGUUUUGUGUGGAGCUUUUUAUUUAUAUAUUAUGUACAUAAGUUGUGAUACGUUCCAUUUUUAUUAACAACUGUAUAAUAUGUAUAUUGAUUUUGUCAUUUUGUUACAUUUAGUUUUUAUUUUCGAAAAAUGCAUAAUUAUUUAUGCUUCACUCAAAUUGUAUAAACCGUCAAAAAUAAAUAUGCAUUUUUAUUCUUUUGCACAGAUUACAUUGUUAAUCUGAUAUGAGACGUAAUCGAGAACAUCGACGAAUAAGUAUUAUACAUCUUUUUAUAGAGUUCCUAUUUGCACCAUUGACCAAAAACUGUAAGGUUUUAAGAAUGAAUUUUUUCUGUUUGUACCAUUCCUGACACUAAUGAUGUUAAUGUCAACAGUAAAAAAUCUGACCAAAUUUACAUAAUUAUUUCGAAUUCAUGUAAAUUUUUUGAAAUUUAAUAUUAUAUUGUUAAAUACUUAGAGUCUAUAUAUAAUAUAAUGUAAAUGUUUGGUUGUGUUUCUUUUGCGAAAUUUAAAUGGUUAUCAUGAAAGCAUAUAUUAGAAAUUUAAUAAAAUGUACUACUUCUAGAUGGCGCUGGUUAGGUCGAUUAUUGCCCAAAUCUGAUUAUGGCAAUAGUUCAACGAAUUACUUAACCAUAAAAGCGGUGACACAACAUUCCUCUUUACUGUCUAAACGUUUCGAUUUUAUCCUUAUUACACUCAUUGUUAACAAAUUUGGGCAAUAAGCACCAGAGCAGCCGAAGUACUUACAAACGUGCAUUGAAAGCGCAUGCUUUCGAAUGUUAAUUUGUAUAGUUGGAAAGUUUUUUUGUAGGCAAAAGUAGCACAACUGGUUUAACAAGCAUUGGAGAUUUUUAAAUACGAGAUUUUUUCUAGCUUAUCGACAAAAAAUAUGACAAUGUAAAUAAGAACAGAUAAGACCAUGUACCUGAAAAGAGUGAUUUUAGAAACUUAGCCUGCUAUUGUAACCAAAACCCUAGUCCAGCAUGUUGAAUGAUUAAAUAUCGAAUUAAAAUCCAAAUAUAAAUAGAUAACGUGAUAAAACGUGUGUGUGAGUAUGUAGAAAAAUAUAAUAUAUUGCGAGUGCACAUUGCAAAAAAACAAAAAAGAAUGUCGAUACCUUGUGUGAGUAGAUAGAGAGCUUCCAUUGCAAUGUGCAUAGUUUUGCAAAUAAGAGUAUUAAGGUUCUGUUUCCAUCAUGAGUAUCAUGAUUAUAUCUGUGAUGUACACACGGACACAUUCGUAACAGCGUACAUAUGUUAAACAACGCUUAAAUGUUACAAUGUAAGUCUGGCUAUUACCCUAACUAAAGGGGUUCCCUAUAAAAGCAACUGAAACAACAACGCUCACAUCUUCUCUAAAUACAUCAGAAGAAUUGAGCUUGUCGAUUAUAAGUAAAAUUCAGUAAGGAAAGGUGGUUUAAACGAAACGGCGUGUAUCGAUAAAAAAUUGGAAUUUUUUAUUGGCACCCUCCGUAAGCCACAAGUGAUUGUUUUAUGCUGAUUACGAUCGAUUGAAAGACAAUAACAAUAAUGAUCAGCAUUUUUUUUUGGUGAUGGAUUAAUUUUCAAACAUGUUCGCCUUAUACUUAAAAGUAAAGCAAUAAGUCCAAAAUCAGAACAUGUUUCAACAAUCUUUUUACUAUAAACUACGAAUGCAAAGAGCAGAACUUCUUCUACCGAUUUACAAAUUUUAUCGUCUAUAUCAUAAUCAUAAAUCGUUUUAAGUGUUUUUUCUUGUAUUUGCAUAAAAUGAUAACGAUGUUUAAAAUAGUUGUUAACCUUAAAAUUUGUUUAAUGUCAACUAUUUACUGUUCAUUAUCUUAAAUAAGGCAAUGUUUGGUGUCACAUUGUUAAAAUGUAGUGUGUACAAUUCGACUCACUAACAUCGGCAACAUGGACACUGUAUAGUCCGACAUUCUCUUAUUUUGGCUUUUGAGCAUCACGAAACAGUAUUUUAAUAGAUUUUACACAAUA